AUGUCUUCAAAACUUGCAUCACACACACUCAACAACCUCUUCAAAUCUCUCCUCAUCAUAUCUGCCUUGCUUAUCUAUCUCAUCUACAUCUGCUCCUUCAACACCAACAACAAUUCUUGGUUCCACACAUUCAUCAACAACCCUACCAAAACAACUCCAAAUACUAAUCCAAGCCACAUAGUCUUCGGAAUAGCAGCAACUGCAUCUACUUGGAGCCACAGAAAACACUACGUCCAAUCAUGGUGGCGGCCCAACAUAACCCGAGGCUACGUCUUCCUCGACAAGAUUCAACGAGAUCUCCUCCCAUGGCCUAACCACACACUACCUCCAUUCCGAAUUUCCCAAGACACCUCCAAAUACAGGCACUACGACAGACACAGGGCGCGGCAGGCCAUCCGGAUGGCGCUGAUCAUCUCAGAGGCGUUCGACACGGAGAGGCCCCACGGCGGCGUGAGGUGGUUCGUGAUGGCCGACGACGACACCGUCGUGUUCGUGGAGAAUUUGGUGGAGGUUCUACGCAGAUACGAUCACCGAAAGUACCUGUACAUCGGCAUGAAUGCGGAGACCCAUGCUUCCAAUGUGAUGCACUCUUUCGAUAUGGCGUUUGGUGGGGCCGGGUACGCGCUGAGCUACCCGCUCGCUAAGGCUUUGGCGGCCAACAUGGACGCGUGCCUCAAACGCUACCCGACUCUCUACGGCAGCGAUCACAUUGUGCAGUCGUGUGUCGCUGAUUUGGGAGUCUCCAUCACCCGGCACCACGGCUUCCAUCAGAUUGAUCUACACCACGAUAUAUCAGGCUUCCUGUCGUCUCACGCGCGUGCACCUCUCGUGUCGCUGCACCACCUGGAUGAAGUGGACCCCAUAUUCCCGUCGAUGAGCUGCAACGAUUCCCUCAAACACCUCAUGACGGCGGCGAAAGCCGACGAGUCGAGGCUGCUGCAGCAGAGCAUAUGCUACCACAAGCCUAAGAACUGGACAUUCGCAAUAUCGUGGGGAUAUUCCGUCCACGUCUACGAGGCCAUCGUCAACCCCAGCGCGCUGCAGAGGCCGCUCCAGACGUUCGUGCCGUGGACUAAGUUCGCGCAUCCGUUCUUCGUGUUCAACACGCGCCUCCCUUCCAAACACCCAUGCGACGCUCCGCAUCAAUUUUUCUUCCACUCCGUUGGCAACGGAAGCCGAGAUCACGUGGUCACGAGGUAUAGCAGGGCGCGGCGACGCGCCUUGCCUGCUUGCUCCUUCACCGGCAAUCACUCCGCAGAAUCCGUCGCCUCCGUCGUCGUCAUCUCCCCUGCUGCCAAAUAUCAUAUCAUCGAAAAUAGGAGAGAAUGCUGCGACGUUUUGCAUGUGACGGGCGGGAAUGCUACGGAAUUAGAUCGAUUGGAGAUGGAUGCUAGUAGAUGUCGAGAGAUGGUGGAAGUCGAGUUUUUGGAUGACGUUCGUGUGAAUUUUGAAGAUGUUUGA